CAGACAGACAGACAGACAGGUGCAGGUGUGUCUGACGGGGAAAAGCCAGGCUCUGGGCAGGAUUAGAAAGCACCACUGCAGCAGCUGCUGUGCGGCCACUGGCUUCAGAGAGAAGUCCAUCCUAUCAACAGGUGACUCUUCUCCAAGCUGUGCCCUGAUUGGUUGAGCUCUCACUUUGUUUUGAUGAACAUGGAUCAGCAGCGUCUGUGUGUCCUGCUUCUUCUCUGUUUACUUCUGCAACAAUCAGAAGUGACCGCAGAUGGAAAAUACUUCCACAUUCUGAAGACAUGUCAGUUCGUAGAGAAGAGCUCACAGUGUGACGUGCUGUACCAAAUUCAGUACCAGUACAACGGCCGACUGCAGGCACUGUACAACAGCUCUACAGAGAAGGUGGUGGGAUUCACAGAGUAUGGAAAAGUGUUUGCAGACAUUGUAAAUAAUGACACUCACUACCUGCGAGUCAGGAGAAACGACCUGAACUACUACUGCAAAAUCCAAGCUGACCUGAUCUACAAAACCAUUCGGGGCAAAGCAGUGCCUCCUGUCACCAGGCUGAAGACAGUGAGGUCUGGCAGCGGUGGAGGCUCAGUGGUUUUGGUCUGCAGUGCCUACAACUUCUACCCCCGGCAGAUCAGACUGUCCUGGCUGAGGGAUGGUGUCCCCAUACCAGACCCCCCAGGUGUGAUUCUUACAGAGAUGCCUGGUGGGGCCUGGCGCUACCAGAUCCAUUCCCACCUGGAACACACCCUGAAGACGGGGCAAAACAUCAGCUGCGUGGUGGAGCACGUGGGUCUGCAGGAGCCUCGGCUUCUACACCUGGAGUACUCCGAGGUGGUCGGGCUGCCGCUGGGAGGCUCCGUUCUGGGGGUUGGAGUGACUGUCCUGCUCUGCGCGAUGGGAUGUUUAUGGAGGAAGACACACUGAGCAGGAAGUGCCAGGACAUUACAGUGGAACAAGUACUGCUUUCCAGUCUCACCAGCCCAGAUGGAUGUGUGGCUCUGAAGUCCAACUACAUCAUCAAGUGUUAGACCUUUAUACAGCAUAGAUUUGCUGCCUGUCUACAUUUUUGUUGGCAAACAGGCAAACGUUUCCAGAUCCUGCCAGAAGAUCACCAAGGAUGAGGCAGUCAGCAUGGAUCUUCCAGGACAUUAGUGUGAAACCAGCACAGAUACUUUGGUGCCCAGUUUCCAUGUGAGAUUAUUCCCCAAUGAACUCUACAAGUCAUAUUUAAAUUAACCCAAGAGAUUACACAAUGGGCAGAAAUGUCUCACUAGAAACAGAAUAUGAGUCAUUUAUAUUAGCAGCUGAUUGUGUUAACUUCAAUAAUUGCAUAGAACUGAAUUUUAAUCACAGUUUGAAUUUGGUUUAACUGAAAUAAUUGCAUUAAAAAAUGAAUCUGAAUCACACAAUUUCAAAAAAAUAUUUUAACUUAAUUCAAAUAAACUUGAAACUGAAUAUAAUUGAA